CACACACAAAUGCACAUACUCCCAACUCAGCCGCACACCGGCUUCCCACUCCGAUCAGCUGGCAGCGUGAUGACGUAGGCUCCACGAGAAGCAGGGCGUCAGAAGCUGCACGGCUGUGACGUAAUCACGCUGUGCGCGCCGCACAGUAGGCAGCAGGAUUGGCCUGAUGGUAAUAAUGAAUGUGGGUCCACGCAAAGUCAAAUGGUAUUUUACCGGCUGCUCAGUGCUCUGGCUCUGGAACUGUAAGUCAAUGUGAAUUUAAUAUUUUACAUGAUGAUAUGAGAUGAUAUAUGAGACACAGCUCAUAGCUUAGGUUGAGCCAGACCAAAAAGACACACUGAAAGGGAGACAACUUUCCCCCUGUUAUAACUACCAAAGGUUUGCUGAGAAUAGCCACCACUUGCUGGUCAUACCAGACCAAGUAAGGGACUUGGUUAUGAAUUCAACAUCUCAGUUGUAAUAGAGAGACCGGUUACAAAACCACACUAUUUCAUUUAUUUUGAAAUCUUGUUUUAUGGCUUUUAUUAUAACAGUUCUGUGGUGACAUAUUGCAUACUGGUAUGUGUUUAAUUAGUUCUAACAGUUCAACUGGCUUGACCAUAUUAGACAAUCUAACUGCUCUGUAUGUCACCUUGACUAUAUAACUCAAGACGUGCGUGUGUGUGAAGAUGUCUGCGCAAGACGGAGACGUGUGUGAGUCACAGCUCGCCGUCACACCGUCAGCAGCUCUCAAGGGGCGUAGUGUAAACGGAGUUAUAUGUAAAUUUGUUCUACCUGUACAAACAUGCAACAUUUGACUUUGUUUUUGAAAAAGCCUGUCACUUGACCAGAAGAGGCCCUAUGCAAAAGUCACUCGGUGAACAUUAUCUCUACUCCAAAGAGAAACGCUGUACGUGUUCUUGCUGACUCAUGGAGGGUAGAUCCUAAGCAGGACAGACGAGGUUGAGACUCUUCGUAGCAUUGCUGGGUGAAUGAUUUAAUAGCAGACGGGACACAGCAACCAAGUUUAGUUCCCUAAUUAUUAGAAAGGUCACAUGUGCGUAAUAAAUCAGUGUGUGUGUGUGUGUGUGUGUGUGUGUGUGUGUGUGUGUGUGGGUGUGUGUGUGUGUGUGUGUGUGUUUCUCUGUGUGCAUGCAUGUGACUUACUGAGGAACCAGUGGGGGAACUGGAUUCUAUGGGACAGGAAUAGGGUGGAAACUCCCAGGGAAAUACCAGGCUAUACUGCUGUGGAUGUUGUCGGAGGUGACAAACAAAACCCCAUGAAAGGAUUUAAAAGGGCAUGUUUUCACAAAUAGCAUUAAGUUCCUUGUAGCACACAUUAGCACUUCCAUAAAUACUGAUUUGUUUUAGCGGAAUCUUUUUAAAAUAUACAUAUAAUAGUCAUAAAGGUACUGCUAAAAUUUUAAAAUGCUGUCACACCAACACAAUAUCAAGCAAAUAUUGUCAUAAAUUGAACAUCAGAUAGACUCGAUUAGUUUAUAGCUGGUGGACAUAAUGGAUUAUUUAGUAGCUACCAAGAUACCAAAAAUUCCCUCAGGACUUGGUGGAGGGAUGAAUGCUGGCGUGGCGCUGCAUACCUGCUAGAAGUGUUGGCCAGUUUCUCACAGUUAGCUAACUAACAUUAGCCUCUGGCCUAUAGCCUAUUAUAUCUGACAAAGAAAGUUGAGGCUGUUUUGAGUAUAGUAAAUAGAGCCAUGGUACAUUAUUUUCUUUUUUUUUCAAUUGAUACUGGAGUGCAUCUUCUUUUUGUAAAAUAAUACUAUGCCGUUUUCUGAAAGUUCCGUCUCAUUUUGAACCUUUACGGGGCCUAAACGAUACACUCAGAAGUAAACUCCCCGAGAUAAAGAAAUUGAAUUUAAGCUGAACCUACUAUGUUUUUACUGGAGGCGUUUAAUUGUCUUGUUCUUUAGUAUUGUGGCUUUUGCUCAAGUUCAGUUUUCUUUGUUUCCAGCUCACUUAACUCAUUAAUUUUGGCCCUUUGGGCGAUCGGUGCCAAAAGUUAUUGUGGGCCUUAAAAUAGUCGUGACCCACCGCUCUCACACUGCUUUAGUUUCAUCUGGGGAUCACGUGCGCGUGCUUGAUUUGAGAUAACGUUCCACUGUGAUGACAUAAAAGAAGCAUGCAGUGGAAAUGUUCCAUUCGGAUGGAUCGAGUUUGCUUGGUUCCCACUAGAGGGCUUCGUCGGCUGCUGAGUUGCCCCAGAAGUGGAUUCUAACACCAAGCUUGUUAUUUAUGUUAGUUACUGAUGACUAACAUAGAUCAAGUUCACUCACUAAUGGAACAGUACGACCAGAACCAAUGAAUCCAAGCAGCUCUGAGGCGAGCCAGUAAAAAAACAUUAGGUGUCCGUCUGCUACAGGAUCUCGUGGCGCAACGGUAGCGCGUCUGACUCCAGAUCAGAAGGUUGCGUGUUCAAAUCACGUCGGGAUCAACUAUUUAUUCAGCGUCUAAAUAAACACGUUCAGGAUGUGUCUUCAGAAGCUUGUGUGUGUACAUAACUCACCAAGUUGUGGCUGCUGUUACAAAAACACACAUUUGUUAUGACCUUCAAGCCUUUGCAUGCGUCACGGACCUUUCGUCGUAGUGCGUGCGAAUGUUAGCGGGUAUUUCACGUCGUUUUAUUUUUCCUUCUUUUUAAACAUUACAUAUUUGAUUUAUUUGGAGAUUAUAUAGCUUUGUCCGAAAGGUUUACCAGGACAUGCAACUCAUCACGUGUGCGCUAUCUGAGAAGGUGCGUCCUGUCGUCAUGGAGACGCGUCGCAUUUUGGAAAAUAUGUGCCCCCGCAACAAAAGACAGCAGUCGGCAGAUCGGCAUCCAGCGCGUUUCCCCGCGCGCUCCCUCCCUCCCCGGCUCGCGCACGCGUUUCUCCCGCACGGAACCUGUUCGUCAGCACCGUGUCCGGACCUCACCGGGAUGCCGGAAGACGAACGCUGCACGCCGCUGCUGCUCCCCGGGAGCUGUGACGGUAAACGGAAGAAAAGAAAGACGAGGAAGAAAGUCACCGCUGCGGCCACAGAAAAUACAGAUAAACCUCAGGAUGUGUCUUCGCCCCCUGAGACCUCCGCUGUGUCUCUGCUACCCCCAAAGAGUCCGGUUCGGCCUCGAGGCCAGCUGCCCAAGCUCACCGCGUCCAGCAGGAAGAGCGGGGAACGACUCCGGAGGAGCAAGAAACACCCCACGGACUCACCGGCCCCGUUGCAGGCUGCCCACGGAGCAAGCGGCGUCGGGCAGCUCUGCGCCCAGGCCAGGGAGAGCCUGAGGUGGGAGGGAGCGCUGGACGACCCCCGGGCGGAGGAGAAGAGGCUGGAGCUGUACAGGGCCAACCGGCGGCGGCGUUAUGUCGCACACAGAGACGCUCUGUUAAUGGAAACCCAGGGGGCUUUGAGACAGCCGGCUCCUUAGGGGAGCAAAGAGCAAACAACACGGCUUUUGACUGAAUCCAAAGAACGGGAGUCAUUACUGCGUUUGAGCACAAAGGGAAUUAAAGAAGCAAGUGGAAGUGUCA